AUGAAGUUUACACAGUAUCUCCAGUCUAGAGAGAUAGGCUUUCUACCAAACAAAUCAAAAUUCAAAUCUAAAUUAUCUGCUGAAACAUUGAUAGAGAAGCAAAGUGUUCAGACCAUUAAAAAUCUGCCAUGUAAGUUGUCUGGUCAAACAAGAGCAACAUUUUUGGUUGAUUUCAGUAAUGAUAGAAGUAAAGUAGCUUCAACCCAUGGUGAUCAUACAGUAAGAGUAUCAGAUAUUGUUAGUGGUAAAUGUACACAUGUAUUAGUUGGCCAUCCACGUACACCAUGGUGUUUAGCUUUUCAUCCAUCUUCUAAUGAUAUAUUAGCGUCAGGUUGUUUAGGUGGUGAAGUCAGAAUCUGGGAUUUAUUAGGAGGAGGCAGUGAAAUUUGGCAUGCACCCAAUGGUACAGUUAUAGCAUCUUUAACAUUUCAUCCUACAGAUCAUGUUUUACUAUUUGCUACAGCUAAUUCUGUUUAUUUUUGGGACUGGAGUCAACCAGAACCAUUUGCAAUUUGUCAGACUAAUUAUGAGUAUGAGAGAGUAAGAUGGUUGGGAUUUGAUCCACUAGGACACUACAUUUAUACUGGUAUAACUAAUGUUACUACAAUACAUAGAGAUGAUCCCCCAGUUAUACAUAUCAGAGACCGCACUGGCCAUCAUCCAAACUCUAGAUUGAGGAGUAACUGGCCAAGAUACCAGCAUCUGGUAGAGAGGUUUCACUCCUAUCAACGUGGUCGUACUAGAAAUAGAUUUGAUGAAAUGGAAGAGGAUGGAGCAGAUAUACCACCAAGACCUCUUUCACCUGUUCACAUUGAUGGAAUAAAUCUAGCUAGACAGUUUGCUGCUGAGGUUACAGCCACAUCACAAUCUAGUAGAGAUAGAAGUCGACUCAGAUCUGCUCAGCAACCUGUACCUAUAAAUUAUCUCUGGGAUAUUAACGAGGAUGGAAUGGAAGCAAGACCUUCGUUUUCAAGAGAUCCUGAAUCUCCCAGUGGCAGGCAAAAUAAUACAGAUGAAGAUUUAGGUAGUAGUGAUAUUACACUGCCUAGUCCAUUAAGACAGUAUUUCACUGACCCUAGGACCAGGGAUUGGAGUCCACCACCCCGUGUUUCUAAUGAUGAGGUGGAUUCUUUUGUUGAUGAUGAAAUUGAAAGGUUUCGAUCUGUAUUACGCCAACCAGAGAGUAGAUUCAGGUCCAGAUACGCCACUAGACCCUCUCAUCAGUCCCGCACAGAUAGAUCUCAACGUCGUCUAGCCAUAUUCUCAGAGUUUAUGAGGAGGCGUGGUAGAAAUCCAGAUGGCAGUAGAAUGAAUAAUAAUUCUUCCUCAACAAGAUCACGAGGGUAUCUAUUUGAAAGAGGUCUUGAUAGAUUAGACAGAUCUUCAGUCACCAAUACCAACUCCAAUGAGUUUACACCUCGCUUAAUUGAUAGACUGAAUGAAAAUAUUGAUCUUUCUCCAUCAUCGUCUGCAACAUCUACUUCAUCCACCACAACCUUACCGUCAAUAUUUAGCACAGUUCCUCGAGUUAGUACAGGCUUUCCACCAGCAAGAAUAACAGGAUUAUCACAAAAUCACUUUGGAUCAAGAUUUUCAAGUAAUUCUACUCCAGAAACUGCCACAGCUGCAUCUUUAUCAUCAGAUAACUCAUCACGCUCAACCUUAUCUAUAGCUCAAGCUCUGACUACCAGCAUUCAAAAUUCGUUACUGGGAAGAUCAUCAGAAGAUGCAGAUCUAGAAACUGAGUCCACCAGUAGUAAUUUAGUUGUGCAAAGACAAUCUGAUGAAUCCAACUCUUUAGAUUUACCAUCUACAGCAACAUCUUCACAGUCUCUUAACAGUUCGACUUUCACUGUUACCAGUUCUAGCAACAGUACAUUAUUUGUGGAUCAACCUUUGGCUGCACCUCGUGGAAAUACAGAAGAAAACUCAUGCUCAAGAACAAGGCCUCCUUAUCGUGGUCUCGACAGAGGAGGACUCCCAAGUAGUAUAUCAAGAUUGCGAAGACAGCUUGCUGACUGUAGAACCUCUCGUCAAAGAAUGCUAAGACAUUCAAGACUUCAGUUGUCACGUACCCCUCAACCUGAGAGUUUCCGAAAUCCCUUAAAUCCCAGACCAACUGAACUGCCCGUAUCAAGUCAUUCCCGAAAUCAGCAUUUAUCACGUUUCCUUACGUCUACAAUUUCUAAUUCUCUAUUUUCACCGAAUUUAGAUGUGACUACUUCAAGUACCAGUGAUUUAACUCCAAGACCAUCUGUAUUACAAAGACAUUGGAGUCCACCUGGUGACACCCGUACCAUCCUUACUGAUCAAACUAGUCAAACAGCAGGAACAAUGACUGAACCAGAAUAUACAGAUCAAGGAACUGACGUUGUAGGAUUAAAUCUUGACGUAGAAUUAACUCAUGAGGAUGAGAGUAUGGGUGUGGAUGAUGCUUCAGAGGAUACUAGUUAUUUACUGUAUGACAGUGACACCAUUACAGAUAGUUCCCUAACUAUAGAUCUCUCGGAUGAAGCUGCACCAACAGAUCACGAGGAUCUACAUAUACCAAUAGCUACUGAAAAUUUCCUGAAUUCUUUAGACUCGAGUCAUGAUAUUAUAACCCUUGAAAACUUGUCUUAUAGAAAUGAAGAUGCAGAGCUUGAACCUGUAACUUCAUUAGAUGAAUCUCCGGUGUCAACUAGCACUACCUCUAUACUAUCAGGACUAAAUGAUUCUUCAUCAGCAACAAGUGAUCUUGCUUCAGUGUCCAGUCUCUGUCAGUUUGUUAAUCAUUAUAAUCAAAGCUCUCCCAUAAACAUUACAUCUAGUCUUACUGAUACUCUCAAUACAUCCACUACCAUGACUGCAGAACCAUCUGAUGCUCUUGACUCCAAUUCAGUUCAGCUUGUAUCCACAUCUUCUAUAACAGUCACUCCUGAUGGUGAAGUCAGUAACACAGUUGUGGUUUCAUCAACACCCGAAAAUGAUCAAGGACUAGAGGAAAAUGCUGCUUCAAUAGCAGAUUCGGCUUCUGUCACUUCCAAUGCAUCAGUGUCCAAUAACUCUGGUGGUUCUCCUCCAUCUUUACCAGAUGAUGAUUCUACCAAUAACUGUCCAGCUCAUACUGUUUUACGCCAUCAUGCUUACUUAGCCAAUGCUACAGCACGCUUGGAGAGAAGAAUAUCUGAAUUGGAUCAAAGAAUCGGGCGAUCAAACUCAGCAAUAUCCUCAUCUAGUUUGAAUAAUCGUGAAGAUUUAGCCAGUAUAACAGCAAGGUUAGAAAGGCAGGUGUCAGAGUUAGAUCAUAGAAUCAAUGCUUUAAGACAGUCAUUUACUGAAAGAUUAAGGGCAUUACAUCAGGAUCGAGAUAGAAUAUUGAGUAUGCGUGGGCGAUUAUCUGGUGAACCUGAACGAGCAGUACCUACUACCACUUCACCUUCAGCUUUACCUAGAAUUACCAUUACUAGAGCUGGAGAUGAAAGUAAUGAUGAUGCUGAUUUAACAUUCCAACCAACUACUGGUACACAAGCAGAAAGUAGAAGAAAUGGUAGAACUUUAUUGGAAUCAUUUUUACGGUAUGAGUCUUCAGCAUCCCAGAAUAAUACCAGUAAUACAAAUAGAAGAUUACGUAAUCCAUCAGAACCUCCAGUAAAUAGAGGCUCAGAAGAUGAAAGUUGGCAUUCCCUUCAACAAAUCCAUCUACAUCCUCAUUAUUCUAGUUCUAUUUUAGAUGAUACUAUAAAUAGACCUAAUGAUGCUCUACAAGCUGCUAUCAAUAGAGCUAUAGCAGGAGCAUUUAUGGGUACAGGUGAAAGUGCUGUGGCUAAUAAUAUAGUUCCUCAAUCCCAUAGAAUACAGUGGUGGGAUUUCACACAAUAUCAAGUUCCUGACUUAAAAAAUAGUAAAUCUAACAUAGUAGUACCAGUAUGUAAAUUACAUAAUGAUGCUAGUUGUGAUAUUAGUCAAGAUGGUACUAGAUUAGCGACCUUUGUACCUAGUCAUCGUGGAUUUCCUGAUGAUAAUAUAUUAGCAGUCUUCUCCUUACAAACACAUAACUUCUCACAUUGUCUCUUUACUAAAAGUUUUGGUCCCAAUGCUAUAUCUGUCAGUAUAUCACCAAGAAAUGAUCAUGUUUUAAUUGGGUUAGCUGCUAAACGUUUAUCUUGGGUUUUUACAACACACCAGUUAGUUGGUCAGAUUUAUCAUUUAAAAGAACCUCAUGCUGGAGAAGAAUCUAUGAAGCAUGUAACUGAUGUCUUCCAUACAUGUGAUUCUGAUGUACGUACCCAUGUUAGUGUGAACUCUGCCCGGUGGUUACCACGUGUUGGUGAAGGUAUAGUGUAUGGUACAAAUAGAGGAGAUUUAGUUAUCUGUAGACCAAGUGCAAAAACAGUGACACAGAAAGCUGAAGUAUCAGAGGCCUCUACCACCUCAGCUAUUGAGAGUGAAAAUUCUGAGACAUUAACAGAAACAAGGAUGAACUUAUUAAACUUAUUUCAAACUACUACUCCACAAACAUCUACAGCUGCUACCCAAACUAUUAGUCGUGGUAUACGACGUACAGCAGGCACUCAAACCUCGGCCAGUACCUCCCAGGAUGAUGGUUUCCGUGAACCAUUUAUAGUCUAACUAGUUUCCUAGUUGAAUACAAUACCAAAAUUUUUUUCCCAGUGUUAUCUCACUAAGUUACCAAAAAGAUUUGAAAAGUAUUUAUAUAUGUGAUUAGAGAACUGAGUAAAUGGCAGUUCUCAGCUUUCACUUGACUCUAUAAGACAUCUUUUUUGGAUCACUUUAUCAUGAUAUUUACAAAAAAUAUACACUUGAUAUUGAAAAUUUGAUACUACCACUCCUUGUGGAAAAAAAAGGCUUUUUGACCUCAUGUCCUAGAGAAGAAUGGGUUCAAUUUGUUACACAUUUCAAUAUAUUUAUUAUGUGUGCAUAUUUGUAGGAAAGAUUUAUUUGAAAUUCUCAAAUAGUCAAUAAUCUAUAAAUAAAUAUAUGCGACAAUGAGAAAAAAAAUUCCUUCCAGGUUGACAGUUUUCAAAUACUACUACUAUUUGGUAUUUCUUGUGUUUAACAGGUCAAUUGCUAAUUAAUAUUGAAUAUGGACAUAGAUUAUGUGGUAAUUAUCAGACAAUACUAAGGGCAAUCUAAUGUGAAAUUGUAAUUAACAAUGUAGGUUUUAUGUACGACCAUCAAAUUGCUGAUAAACUAGUAUUGAGUCUAUAAAAUUGGCAUGUUUGUAGCAUGUAAAAUGACACCUGAACCAUACUGUAGCAUGUAAAAUAUCCUUCUCCAGACGUAAGAUCCUGUCAAUGUGUAAAAAAUAUAACUGUAUAUUUUGUGCUAUAAACUAAUUUAUUGUAUAAUAAUGAUGUAUAUUAUGAACAUUAUAAUCAAGAUUUUCAACCUAAGGUUGAGUAAUACAUAUAAAGGUUUCAAAACCUAUCUAUUGUUUGCAAUGUACAAGAACUUGUUAAGAAUGUAAAUUUUUUUCGUAAAGAAAAUAAAAAUAUUUCUAGGCUGAA